AUGUUUACAUCUUCACCGUCAUCAUCUUCCUCGAGAAGUUUCCGCCAAGUCGUCAAGGUGAUUGCUGACUUUGACAAAGAAGUAUCAGAGAUUUUGGAACAUCGCUUGUUGCACCUUGAAAUCGAUGAUCUGAUUCAAUUGACCGAAGAACGCGAUGAGAAUUGGUGCAAAGGUGUUCAUAUGAAAACGAAAAACGAAGGCUUUGUCCACACAAAAUGCAUCAAGGCCGUUUUGACUCGAGAUUUGGAUGAGAGAUGGUUUCAUCCGAUCGAGCGAGUUGAGACAAAAAUUUGCUUAUUGAGCCGAAAAAAUCUUCCCAACGGAGCCUUUCUUGUUGGACGAUCGCAACGCUGUGAUGGCUUCAUUUUGAGCACAAAAUCAAGUGACAAACAUGUUGACUAUUGGAAAAUCCAUGUAAAAAAGGGACCCGAAUGGAAAUUACACUAUUUUCUUAAAGAGGGUGAAUGGUUUGAAACGGUCGAACACUUGCUAAACUUUUAUCAAAAUGCGCCUUUACCAAAAGAGAUCGGGCAAUCGAAUAUUUUGACUUUACCGGUUCAAGUGUCGACAUGGAAUCAAGAGAUGCGACCGGAUCUCGGUCAACUGUGGAGAAUCAAAUAUGAACACUUGAGCAUCAUGAAGAAGGAAAAUGAAGGACAUUAUGGAGAAGUCUUUUGUGGCCAAUGGAACCAGAGUCUCGUUGCAAUCAAAAAGCCAAAAGUGCGCUCGUAUCCGCUCACCGAAAAAGAGAAGUCAAGCUUUGCGAGAGAAGCUCGACACCUUAAAUCGCUCAAUCAUCCGAAUAUUGUUCUCUUUUAUGGGAUUUCUGAAUAUAAUGACAUUCCUUGUAUGGUGACUGAAUUUCUGGAAAACGGUGACUUGAGAGCGUUUAUGAAGUCGCGUCAAGAGAUGGGCAUUUACGAGAUAUGGAGUGUGCUUAUUCAGAUAGCAAGUGGAAUGGAUUAUCUCGAAACUCGACCAGUGCCCAUAAUCCAUCGAGACCUUGCUGCAAGGAAUGUUUUGAUUGGUUCGAUUGUUGAUGGAAAUCCGUUAGUAAAGAUCAGUGAUUUUGGAUUAGCGAGAGAACUCUUGGAUAAGAAUUACUAUCGUUCAAAUGAAUGUCCAUUUCAAUGGUGCCCACCUGAGACCCUGGACACGGGAUAUUUCUCUCGUGGAUCCGACAUGUGGUCAUUCGGAGUGGUCAUUUACGAGAUUUUCACGAGAAAUCAUCAUCCAUAUGUUAAAGAAAUAUCAAAAGUAAGUCCAUCGACCAUUUUGGAGUUCCUCCAAAAUGACGGCAGAUUGACUCGACCUGAUAACUGUCCACAAAUCUUUUGGCAAAAGAUCGUUGAAAAUGGCUGUUUCCUCUUUGAACGUGAGAAACGCCCCGAUUUCAAAGAGUGUAUUGAGCGAAUUUUUUGCUUUAUGGAUGAAAACGAGUAUGAGAAAUACGAUCGCAUUUACAAAAAUCCGCUUAUGGGGAGAGCGUUUUUCAACGCUGACGCUGAAGCGGCGAACAAGCAGAUUUCAUUUCCGGAAGUGUUUCAAAUAGAACACCCCAGACAAAACAAGAGGAUACUGAUUUCGCUUGAUGAAAUCAAGGUUAAUGUAAAAGAUCUGAAGAAGCCGUUUUGGUAUGGUUCUUUGAAAAAUCGAGAGAUUCGGGGAACCGAAAUCGUUACAAAACAUCGGAAGGGCGGAAAAAUUGCUCUUUGGGAGAAAAAUCGAAUGAAAAAACUCGUCGAAUUAAGCCAUUCAAAUAUACUGCCGUUUUACGGGAUUUUACAAAAUGGGAAGCACGAAUUUUUCGUAACAAAAUGGCUAAGAUAUGGGACUUUGCAAGAUUUUGCAAAGCAAAUAAAAGGAGUGAAUCGAGGGCAGGUCGAUCUUUUGAUACAGAUUUGUUCUGGAAUGAAAUAUCUUCAUUCUCGUGGUAUUUUACAUGGACAUUUAUCGGCUGCGAAUUGCUUGAUGGGCGAUCCCGAUCUUGCACCGUUGGUGCAGAUUAGUGACUAUCACAGAUCGUACGAGCCAAUCGGUUCAGCAAAAGAUUUUCAGCUACGUUGGUGCUCAAUUGAGACAAUUAAAACAAAGGUGAAAACGUUUCAAAACGAUAUUUGGUCUUUUGGAGUAGUCAUCUGGGAGGUUUUCUCAUAUGGAGCGACUCCAUAUAAAGGCAUACAAGUUAAUGCUUUGCUAUCUUCUUUGAAGGGUGGCUCUCGGCUGGAAAGGCCGUCUAAAUGCCCAAAGGAUAUUUACGAAAGAAUUAUGAUGAAAUGUUUCAAAGAGAAACCAUUGACACGCCCCGAUUUCGGAAAUUUGGAACUAAUGUUAAUGGAGAGUCGAAAGAACUGGCAGGACAUUGUUGAUGGGGAAAUACUCUCUGAUGCUUUAUUGGAAGUCGAUCUCGUACACCCAUCAAAUUUACCGCAGGAGGAAAUUAAGGUUUUUGAUGACUCGGAUAUGAUGUAUGUUGUCGAUAAUUCGUCAAGUAACGUCCACAGCGGAAAACCAAGACACCUCUAUGAUUCUGUCUCGUGCUAUAAUAGAGAACUCGUAAGCAACUACUCAGCCGGAACACCUCUCAGGUCCUCGUCCUCGAAUCUCACGUUCACGGAACUCAGUGGAUCACGAUUACAGGCUCUAUCUCGUGUUACUAAGUCACUGUCUGGCAUCAAAUGGCCCCGACUUGCUAGAUUUCGUAACAGCAUUAGAGCCUUCCGAGGAACGCGAAAGGAAGAAAGCCUGCCUAGACAUUCCCAUGCAUGUUCUAUUUCGGAGGAUUAUGCCUAUCCGACCGUUCCCCAAGCUCCAGAAAGCAAAAUCCCUCCUCCACCAGUGCAAACUCGGCUU